GACGGCGGCGGCGGCGCCCUCAACGGCGUGCGCCACGGACCCGCGGCCGAGCGGCGCCCGCGCCGCAACUCGCUGACAGGCGAGGAGGGCGAGCCGGCGUGCGUGAGCAACUGGCCGCUCUACUACCUGUUCUGCCUGGGCACCGAGCUGGGCAACGAGCUCUUCUACAUCCUCUUCUUCCCCUUCUGGAUCUGGAACCUGGACGCCCUGGUGGGCCGCAGGCUGGUCAUCGUCUGGGUGAUGGUCAUGUACCUGGGCCAGUGCACCAAGGACGUGAUCCGCUGGCCGCGGCCCGCCUCCCCGCCCGUGGUCAAGCUGGAGGUGCUGUACAACUCCGAGUACGGCCUGCCCUCCACGCACGCCAUGUCCGGCACGGCCAUCCCCAUCGCGCUGGUGCUGCUCACCCACGGCCGCUGGCAGUACCCACUGGCGUACGGCCUGCUGCUUAUCCCCUGCUGGAGUCUGCUGGUGUGCCUGAGCAGGAUGUACAUGGGCAUGCACUCCCUGCUGGACAUUAUCGCCGGAUUCCUGUACACCAUUGUAAUCUUGGCUGUCUUCUAUCCAUUUGUGGGCCUGAUCGACAACUUCAACCAAACUCACAGACAUGCCCCGCUGAUCAUCAUUGGGCUGCACUUAGCCUUGGGGAUCUUUUCUUUCACUCUUGAUACCUGGAGCACUUCCCGCGGAGACACAGCUGAGAUUCUGGGAAGUGGCGCUGGAAUCGCGUGUGGCUCCCACGUCACCCACAGCCUGGGGCUGCUGGCGGAUCCUCCUGCAGACCUGUUCCCUCUGCCCGUGCCUCCGCUCACUCUGACUGUCUUCGCAAAAGCCAUAUUGCGGGUCCUCGUCGGGAUGGGAGUUGUACUGAUAGUUAGAAACAUAAUGAAAAAGAUCUCCAUUCCUUUGGCCUGUAAAAUCUUUAAAAUACCAUGUGACGAUAUUCAGAAGGCAAGACAGCACAUGGAAGUUGAACUUCCGUAUCGGUAUAUUACCUAUGGAAUGGUUGGUUUCUCUAUCACUUUUUUUGUUCCCUACAUAUUUUUGUUUAUUGGUAUCUCUUGAUGGGGAAAUACUGUAUAAUAAGAGAGGAGAAGUACUAGUUACUGACAUCUAAAAUAUGCUGUAAGUGAAAGGUCCAAGUUAGGCUUUGGCAAGAAUUUAUCUUAAAUAAUUGUUUAAGUAAAUUCUUAAGAGUUGGUGCAUUGUAUCAUUGCACAUCCAGAUCUUGUGGUAGGUGAAUUGGUCUGUUUUAACACUGAGAAAACGCCAAGUUUCCAUUUAGAAUGUUCAUGUGUUUGGAGAGUUUUGUGCUUUUAUGGAAUAUAUAUAUAUAUAUAUAUAUAUAUAUAUAUAUAUAUAUAAAGGUACAUAAUAUGCAAUCAUAUCUAAUGUAUGUUAUAUAUAAAUAAAAGAAUAUACCUAAGUUUUUUUUUAAACAGUGGGGUGCGUAUUAUAAAGUCAAGAAUAAUAUGCAAACAAUUGUGCCUGUGUAUUUGGAAUUAAUGCAGGUAUGUUGUUACUAAGAAAUAAUGUUUAACAUGUAUGUCCUCUGGGAGCCAUUUCCUAACUGAGUCGCGUAAUCACCAGGCCAAAUCCACAGGCUACCACAUCGAUCAACUGCCUCUUUUUACACUGCCACCAUCUUUCGUGUUCAUGUUACCCAUGAUGUCGAACAUGGGAGCAUUUUUAAUGGACCAAACUUUCAGAAAAAUUUGUUUUUGGAUUCCUUAUUUUUUUAAGUUCUGUACACUGUGUUGAAUGUACAUCUUUUGCAACUGUUUUGGGCAUCUGUUUAAUAAAUCAGGUACUGAAUUUUAUUGCUUGCUAAUUGUGCCUUUCUGUUGCUGACUUAAGAAAUGCCAUGUAUACUGUGAUACAAAAGUCAGACCUAAGUUGCAUAUGAUGAGGCAGAUAUUUUAAAAGUAGAUAUCGAACUAACAGGGAUUGAAGUACACCACCAGUACUUAACUCUUCAGUGUCUUUUUACAAAGAAAUUGAAAUGGGCUAAAAUUUCUCAUGAUUUAUUAGAAGCUAAAUAGAUAAGUAUUUCCAUUUUGUAGGUAUUUUUCUGUGUGGUGCAAGUGAUAGCGGGAGGCAGCGUCUGUACGCUGUCUCGCUGUGUGUACUGCGGGUGGCUCUUUCCUGUGCCUGGAACGGAGCUAGUGUUUACGUGAGGACGGCACACAUGUUCAUCAGACACAAACCAUUUCUCUAAGUUAUUUGAAAGCAUUGGAUUUCCCACAAUUAACUUUUAAUACCUACUUAUUAGGUAAAAAAUAUACACUGUAUAAAAUUAAAAGUAAUAAGCAUUAGUAGUUUAGAAUCUAUUUUUUCUGAAUUUUAUUAUUUUCACAGUAGAAAAUUUGAGCAUAAUGUGUAUAGUUUUAAACUAUUCUGUUUUCUGUGUGUGCCUUUAUAUUUUGAAGUGUGAUUGUAAUUAGUUUAACAUUAAGUUUGUGGUAAGAUUUUCAUAAAGAAGAAAAUUGCCAAGUAUGGGGGUGCACACCUAUAAUCCCAGCACUCAGGAAUCUGAGCUAGGAGGAUCGCCAUGAGUUGGAGGCCAGCCUGCUCUGCAUAGUUAAUUCAAGGCCAGCCUGAAUUACUGAAUUGCAUAGCACGACCCUGUCUCCAACAACAACAACAACAA